AGACGGGGGAGUGGGGCGCGCAUGCGCACUCUUUCCAGCUAGCCGUCUGUGAGAGCGUUCGGGACGCCCUGUGCAUGGAGGCCCAGCGUGCGCCAGGGGAGGCCUUCGGAAGUUUGAGGUUCAAGGCUAAAGCCGAGUAGGCGGGUACUCGCCGUGGCGCAGUGAUGUUCGUGGCGCGCAGUAUCGCGGCGGAUCACAAGGAUCUCAUCCACGAUGUGUCUUUUGAUUUCCACGGGCGGCGGAUGGCGACUUGCUCCAGUGACCAGAGUGUAAAGGUCUGGGACAAAAGUGAAAGUGGGGAUUGGCAUUGCACCGCUAGCUGGAAGACACAUAGUGGUUCUGUGUGGCGUGUGACAUGGGCACAUCCUGAAUUUGGACAGGUUUUGGCUUCUUGUUCUUUUGACAGAACUGCUGCUGUUUGGGAAGAAAUAGUGGGAGAGUCCAAUGAUAAACUUCGAGGACAGAGUCAUUGGGUUAAGAGGACCACUUUGGUCGAUAGCAGAACAUCAGUUACUGAUGUGAAGUUUGCUCCUAAACAUAUGGGUCUUAUGUUAGCAACCUGUUCAGCAGAUGGUGUGGUGAGAAUAUAUGAAGCUCCAGAUGUUAUGAAUCUUAGUCAAUGGUCAUUGCAGCAUGAAAUCUCAUGUAAGCUAAGCUGUAGUUGUAUUUCAUGGAAUCCUUCAAGUUCUCGUGCUCAUUCCCCCAUGAUAGCCGUAGGAAGUGAUGACAAUAGUCCAAAUAUAUCUGCUAAGGUUCAGAUUUAUGAAUAUAAUGAAAAUACCAGGAAAUAUGCAAAAGCAGAAUCCCUUAUGACAGUCACUGAUCCUGUACAUGAUAUCUCAUUUGCACCAAAUUUGGGUCGAUCAUUCCAUAUCCUAGCAGUAGCAACCAAAGAUGUGAGGAUUUUCACGCUAAAACCUGUAAGGAAAGAAUUAACUUCUUCUGGUGGUCCAACAAAAUUUGAGAUUCAUAUAGUAGCUCAAUUUGAUAAUCACAACUCUCAGGUUUGGCGAGUGAGUUGGAAUAUAACAGGAACAGUACUAGCAUCAUCUGGAGAUGAUGGCUGUGUAAGAUUGUGGAAAGCUAAUUAUAUGGACAAUUGGAAGUGUACUGGUAUUUUGAAAGGUAAUGGGAGCCCAGUCAAUGGGAGCUCUUCUCAACAGGGAAUCUCAAAUGCUUCUUUAGGGUCAAAUAAUCCAAAUCUACAAAAUUCACUAAAUGGAUCUUCGGCUAGCAGAAAGCACAGCUGAUGUCAAGCUUAACUGGAGUAACUUUGCAGUUUUGCUGCUUCUUGCAUGCACACAGGAAUGGGAAGCAAGCUCCUUCCCCCUCCCCAGCGCUGUUUGACCUCUCCCAAGAUACACCAGCAGCCUGCUCACUCCUAAAUGCAAUCCUAAAGGCCUUUAAAAAAAAAUACACUGUUUCUGUACUAGCCAGUGCCAUUUGUUGACACUAAUGGAACUUCUGAAAAUUAAAUGGAGAGGCUUUUUGUUUGGAAUGUUUGUGAAACUAAAUAUUAUGGGUGUAGAAAAAAAAAGGCUUGUUGUCUUUAUGGGUGCGAGGGAGGAAAGAACCCACAUUACUCCAUUUGGAAGCUAUAGACCUCUUUUGUUAGUUUUGUUUCCCAAAACAAUAUAAACAGGAUGGUGAAUUUUUAUAAUUUUUAAAUUUGAAGAUUGAAUAAAUCAUCAAUUUUCAUAAAUAUUGUUUUGAGUGCUAAUUUGUUUUACAUUUUGUAGUCUUGAUUUAUUCAUAUUAAUAUUUGCUAUAACUUGUAAUUGGUUUGUAACAUUUACAAUUUGUUAGCAUUAAAGGAAUUACAAAGCGCUGACAGUAAUUUUAACUGUACAGUUCAUAGCUAAAUUUAUUGUUUGGUAUUCAUUUAUAUAUUACAAAACUGCUUUUGUAAGUAUUUUUUAUUAGUGCUCACUAAAGAUAAUUUUUUUACCAUGUACUUGUAUGUUCCUUUGGUGUGAUUCCAUGGAGUAAGGUUUCCUCCAAGUACAAAUUCUAAAAGGUACUGUAAAUUGGAAAGCACUUAAAAUUCCACUAAAAGUGUAGCAUGUAAAUGAAGCUUCAGCUUGGAUUGUACCAGGAUUUUAUUUGCUAUUUAUUGGCUGUUUCAUUCAAUAAAUGUUCCCCAAAUCUCUGAAUCUAAAAUCCAAGUGUACUAAAGUGCAUAAAUAUUACGGGUAAGUUAUAAUUAAAAUGGUAAGACUAGGACAUGAAAUGGUAUAAUUUUUUCCACCUUUCAUUUAGAAAUCUGUAGCUAUACUUGUGUUUUUUGCAGGAAAAACAUGUAAGUACACAUUAUGAUUGUAUUUCUGUGAGAGAUAGUCAUUAAAGUGUUGUGAUACCUACCUAAACUAUGUGAAAGUUUUUUUAAUUGGUUCUUAAUAUUGUGUAUACACUUGCAUAAAACAUAGUUUCAUGCUGUUGCUACAAAUGAAGCAUUAUUAAAGCUCAGAUAAGUGAGCAUCAAAUAAAUUAUGGGUAGUCAGACUAGAAAAUACUUUAAAUUUUCAAGUUUAUCUUUUUAAGAAAAAAAAUCAAUACUGGAAUUUAAAAAACAUCUUGUUUAAAAGAUUGUACCUGUGUGCGUGCGCGUGCGUGCGUGCGUGCGUGUAUGUGUGUAUGUGUGUGUGUGUGUGUGUGUGUGUGUGUGUGUGUGUGUGUGUGUGUGUAUGUGUAUGUGUGUGUGUGUGUUUUACAGUUUCCAAACUUGCUUAAACAAUCUUGAUUUUGAAUUAGGGCCUUGAUUUCUGCUAUUAUGUUCUGUUAGUUUUGGCAUGGAUUUACUAAAGCUUUUUUUUCCAGCAUGUCUUUUCUCCUCUUUGGUUCUCCUUGUAUUUACUACUUUUCUCUUUUUUCUUGUUUUUUUUUUGUUUGUUUGUUUUUGUUUUGUUUUGGUGUUUUGUUCCUGUCUUCAUUGUUUCAGGUAUUUCUUUCCCCCUCUGGAUUCCCCACGGGCUGGAUCGAGAUGGUCCAGUUAUGCCCAGAUCCUUCCUCCUCCUCCUCCUCCUCCUCCUCCUCCUCUGAUAGAACACUCUUGCGAUGCUGACACUGCCAACCUCCAGUAUCCUCACCCUCGCAGACGAUAUAUCUCUCAGCCUCUUAAUCCCUUACCUGAGAAUGAAGGGGUUUAAAACACUCACUUAAAAAUUUAAAAGGCCUUAUUCAGAUGCUUGUAAAUGCUUUCAUUCCAGACAGCUUUCUUUUUCAUUUUUUUUCAGAUAUUUUCUAAAUUCAGGGAUCUUGCAUGUGUUGCAAAUAAGACAAAGAGAUUUGAAUUUCAAUAUGUUUGUGCUUGUGCAUCAAAGGACUGUUUGCUUCUUUUAUUGAUACCCUUUGAUGAAAUAUGACAUGUACAAGCAUUAACUGUGAAAGCUAUAUGGAAAAAUAGCUUACUUCAAAGUGCCUGUUCUAUACAUUUUAUUUUGUACUUAGUUUAUUAUCAUGGUCUUGAGUUUUUGCUUUGUCACAUUCAUGUGUAAGUGUAUAAUUAUAAAGUUCAACAUACCUUUGAAGCAUACACUAGGAACUGUUUGAAUUCUAAUGACUCACGGUGUUGGACUAAUUAGUUACACAAAAUAAACCAUUCCUGUGUAUAAUGCAGCAAAACAUA